AUGGUGCCAUAUCAGGCUUUCAGGAGAUGCCGCUGGCCUGAUGGUGAGGCAAAUGGGCGGGCGGAGGGGGGGGCGGGGACCAGGGGGCAGCUGGGGCGGUGGGGAGACCUGGGGCGUGGAUCCGUGCCCCUCCUCCCUGUGCCACCGCCUCCUCUUCCUCCUCCUCCGGGUCGGGGACCUGGGGGAGGGAGGGUCUCCAUCUUCUCUCUGGCCCCUGCCCCUCACACAAAAAGCACCCCUUCCUCAGCUCCUUCCUCAGCCCCGGGGCCCCCCUACCCAGCAGUGCAGGCCCCAGGGGCUCCUCAGCUUCGCUAUAGUACCCUUCCCAGUCCUGCUACCCCCACCACGCAGCCCCGGCCCGCGAUGACGCCCCCUUCCUGGGUCCCUCCCCUGGCCUCGGGGACUGCCCCUCUCCCACGCCGACGCCCCCAGGACCCUCCCGGGCUGCGGAGAGGCCCUCUGAUCCCUGAGCGGGGUUAUGAGUGGCCGGAGGACCGUGACCCUGAGGGGCCCCGAGGUUCAGCCCUCCAUGGCGAGAAGCAGCACCCCCUGCUUCAUGUGCCUGCAGGGCUCCGAGGCUCCUGGCACCACGUCCAGAACCUGGACAGCUUCUUCACCAAGAUCUAGAGCUACCACCAGGGGAGUGGCUUUGCCUGUAUCCUGCUGGAGGAUGUCUUCCAGCUGGGACGAUUCAUUUUCAUCGUCACCUUCACAACCUUCCUUCUUCGCCGUGUGGAUUACAGCGUUCUCUUUGCCAACCAACCAAAAAACCGAACAAGACCUGGCUCGCUCCACAGCAAAGUGACCUUGUCAGAUGCUAUCCUACCCUCAUCCCAGUGUGCCCAGCGGAUGCGCUGCAGCCCCCUGCUGGUCUUCCUGCUAAUCCUGGCUGCUGCCUUCUGGCUGUUCCGGCUGCUUCGCUCGGUCUGCAAACUCUUCAGCCACUGGGACAUGCAGGUGUUUUCCAGGGAGGCCCUGCACAUCCCCCCAGACGAGCUCAGCUCGGUGCCCCGGGCAGAGGUGCAGUCCCGCCUCCUGGCGCUGCAGAGGAGCGGGGCUGGGGGGGCUGGGGGCGGGGAGCUGUGCGUGCAGCCGAGGCCGCUGACGGAGCGGGACGUCCACCACCGCAUCCUGCGCUACACCAACUACCAGGUGGCGCUGGCCAACAAGGGCCUGCUGCCGGCCCCCUGCGCCGUGCCCUGGGGAGGCAGGGCGGCCUUCCUCAGCCGCGGCCUGGCGCUCAACGUCGAUCUGCUCCUCUUCCGCGGGCCCUUCUCGUUCUUCCGCGGCGGCUGGGAGCUGCCCGACGCCUACAAGCGCAGCGACCGGCGGGCCGCCCUGGCCGCGCGCUGGCGGCGCACGGUGCUGCUGCUGGCGGCCGUGGACCUGGGGCUGAGCCCGCUGGUGCUGGCCUGGCAGGUGCCGCACGCCUUCUACAGCCGCGCGGAGCUGCUGCGGCGCGAGCCCGGCGCGCUGGGGACGCGCCGCUGGUCCCGCCUGCAGCUGCGCCACUUCAACGAGCUGCCGCACGAGCCGCGCGCGCGCCUGGCCCGCGCCUACUGCACCGCCGCCGCCUUCCUGCGCGCCGCCGCGGCCCCGCCCCUGCUCGCGCUGCUGGCCCACCCGCUCGUCGUCCUCGCCCGCGCGCUCUUCGCCGCGCUGCUCGUGCUCACCGUCUACGACGAGGACGUGCUCUCCGCGGAGCACGUGCUCACCGCCAUGACCGCGCUCGGGGUCGUGGCCACCGUGGCCAGGUCUUUCAUUCCGGGUGAACAGGGCCAAGGUCAUCAGCCGCAAAUCCUGCUGCCGGCGGCCUUGGCGCUCAUGCACUACCUCCCUGCCGGCAGGACCAGCGCUUGCCGGCAGAUGGCGCGGCUGCUGCAAUACCGAGCGGUCUCCUUCACGGAGGAGCUCCCGUCCCCUCUCCUCACCCCACUGUUUCUGCUCUUCUGGUUUCGCCCCCGCGCCUUGGAGCUUACUGACUUUUUCCGUCACUUCACUGUAGAUGUGGCCGGGGUUGGGGACAUCUGUUCCUUUGCCCUUAUGGAUGUGAAGCGCCAUGGCCACGCUCAGUGGCUCUCAGAGGGACAGACAGAGGCCUCACUGUCUGAGCGUGAGGACGGGAAGACUGAGCUCUCAUUGAUGAGGUUCUCCCUGGUUCAUCCACAACGGUGCCCUCCAGGCCACAGCUCCAAGUUCCUGGCGCACCUUCGAGGCCGGGUGCAACAAGAUGCGGCCGCCUGGGGCGCCAGCUCGGUUUGCAGCCCCCGCAGCCCUGGGAUCCACAGCAACUCUGCCUCCCCUCUGCCGGUGGCCUUCCCGGACAGCCUCUCGAUGCAGCCCCUCGUGCCCCCCCAGGACCUGAGCCCCAUAGCCCCCUGCCCAGCUGCAGCCACAGCCAGCCUCCUGGCCUUCAUUUCCCGAAUGACCCAGGACUCAAGCUGUGUGUCCCCAGGAGGCACUGGGGGCCAGGAGCUGGCCCAGCUCCCAGAGCUUGUGUCUGCUGAGAUGAGUCUCCAUGCCAUUUACCUGCACCAGCUCCAUGGGCAGCAGCAGCAGGAACUGUGGGGCGAGGCUUCAGCCUCCUCCCCAUCCAGGCCCUGGUCCAGCCCGCCGCAGACAGUCUCGCCGGAUGAGGAGAAGCCAUCCCGGUCCAGUGAUGGCUCCAGUCCUGCUUCCAGCCCCAGAGAGCAGUGGAGAGCCCAGAGGACCCGGGAUCUGUUCCCUGGAGGGUUUCAGGAGCCCACAGACAGCCUGGCCAGGCCACUAGCACUGCCUGAGAGGGCUGCUCACAGCUGGCUCCCUGGCUUCUUCUCCAGCCACAAGAGAUUGGACGCGGUAGAGUAG